CUUCUCAGGAGGAGAACUCCUAAGGAAAGGAUUUUCCAUAAAAGAUGCCUGUGACACCCCAGCCCACUCCCAUCCACAUCCUCCCAGAGAACAGCAAACUCUGUGUACUUCCUCGCUCUGUGCAGCUGCUUCCUGCCCCCUGAGCCUCUCACAAAUUCCUGCUGCCUCCUCCUGCCACUGGCUUUUCUAUGGGGGUAGGGAUGGUGAGAACAUAUCUGGUGUCCCCCAAAAAGCAGCAGGCUGAGCUGGGAUGAGAGGGAAAGUUGAGUUCUGGGCACUGCUGCUCGGCUCUGGUGCUGCUCCGCCUCUCUCCAUUUUUUACCGGAUCUCGCAGUUUUAACAGGAAACCCCCUUGUUUUGGCUGAGUCACAGGCAUUGCCACUGCCCGUGCUGACUGCAAACUUUGUGUCACCAGUGGGGAGCAAACAAGGAAAGAUCUGGGCUGUGGGACGUGGCAGCUGCCGUUUUCCUCUCCGUUCCUGUGCCAAGGCACAGCUGGAGCCACCAUGAGGCAAGCAGAGUGGCAAACCCUCGGCAGCGCUCGCUCUUCUCGCUUUAUUUCAGCUUCAGGAAGAGCAGCCAUGGAGGCCGCGCUCAUCUUCCUGUGCUCCCUGCUGGUGCCCGCAGCCCUGGCAGACGUGGCCACCCAGGAGAAGGAGGAGGAGGAGGAUCCCUUUAACUAUGAUUACCAGAGCCUGAGGAUCGGGGGGCUGGUGUUCGCCGUGGUCCUGUUCACCGUGGGCAUUCUCCUCAUCCUCAGCAGGAGGUGCAGGUGCAGUUUCAAGCAGAAGCCCAGGGCUCCGGGGGACGAGGAGGCUCAGGCAGAGACCCUGAUCACCUCGAAUGAGCGAGGCGCCCGCCGGAGCAACGACACGCCGAGGCCAUGGGUGACGGUAAGGACAGUAAGGGACAUCUCCCUGCAGCAGCAGCGCCCGUCCCUACCACCGCGGGGGAAGCUCUCGCUGCACCUGGAGCUCCUGAGCAUCCUGCAAGUGCAGCCUGCAGUGCAUGCCGUGAAUUUGCCCAGAAUCCUGCAAUUUGUCCACUCCCGGGGUGAGACCCAGGAGUUUCCUGGCUCAGCUGCGUGCCAAGGAGGUCACAGCGCUGUCGCUUGCUGGUCCUGGUCUCUCCCACUCCACACUGUGAGGACGUGGCUCUCACUGGAGUUUCUCCUCUUUUCAGAGCAAGUGCCCGAGCAGGGCCAGGACAGGUUCAGCUACGACUAUGACACCAUCCGCAACGGGGGGCUCAUCUUCGCCGUCGUGGCUUUUGUCAUCGGGCUCCUCAUCAUCCUCAGCCAGCGGUUCCACUGCGGAGGGAGGAAGAAGAGGAGACAAGGGAACGAGGACGAGCUGUAGGUGCAGAGCUGCGGUGCCCCCAUGGAAGCAGAGCUGCAGCCCAAGCCCAGCACUCCUGGCCAGCGGCCACCCCUGACCCCGCUCCAGUGGAUCCAUUACCCCGCAGGCCCAGAAGGCGAAUUACCCUCGUGCUUCCCCCUCUCUUGGACCCAGCGAGAGUUCCUUGGCUAAUAAAGUUCAGCUCUGAGAGGUUAAA